CACAGGAGAUCUUAUAUGAAAAUGAAUAUCAUUUUCUUUGUGGUAUGGUUUCUCUUUUAUGGACCAUCAACAUUUCAUUCUGAGAUGAUUUUACAAAUGGAUGAGGUCAUAAUGGCUCAAGAAGGAGAGGAUGUUUCAUUGCAUUGCUUUCAUCCAAAAGAACAAAUAAACAGAGUUUUGUGGUACAAACAGACUCUGGGAGAGAAACCUGCUCUUCUAGUCUCUUCAUAUCACUGGACUGUAGACAGUGUUAUUCAUGAAGAAUUUAAAAAUACAAACCGUUUUAAAGCGGCAAGAGGGAUUGGCAGCUUUAAUUUGACGAUUCUAAGAACUGUAAAAUCAGAUUCAGCCACAUAUUUUUGUGCUGGGUCUUUUGCCAAUGUUGUCUACUUUGGAACUGGAACUAAUCUGAUGCUUAGAGGUUCAAAUGUGACUCUACAAUGUGCAAUCCAAAAUGAAAAAGAGAGUUGUGGAGGCAAGCACAAUGUCUACUGGUUCAGACAUGGAUCACAGAAAUCCCAUCCAGGAAUCAUUUACACUCAGGGAGGAAGGGGAGAUCGAGGUGAAAACAGUUCAGUGGAUGGCUCUGCCCGGAGUUGUGUUUACACUCUCCCUAUGAAUAACAUUAGUCCCUCUGAUGCUGGGACAUACUACUGUGCUGUGGUUGUGUGUGGGGAGAUUUUAUUUGGACGUGGAAUUAAUUUGACCAUUGAUGAUGAACCUAAAAUCCAGCGCAUACAGCUCUACAUUUUAAUCGGCCUUGCAUUACCGUUGACCAUAAGCUUCAUCAUUAAUGUUUUACUUUGUGUGACAAUGGUAAAAGGAAAAUCAUCUCAAGUUCAGGCAACGGCUGAUGUAAUGUCAAGUGCACAGUACCAUGUGGCCUCUGAUGUGAAUUAUGCUGCACUAAAACUCACAACCAAAAGCUCAAGACAGCAACGAGAGAGGAGUCAAAAUGAGACUGAGUAUUCUGGACGGAUGUUUUAAGAUCAGAUACAGAAUUUAUGUGUGCUGUAAAAUCUGUAUAAUUGUUGAUAUUAUUUGCUAACUAUUUGAACACUUAGUCUGGUGUGAUUAAUAUUGUUAUUUUAUU